GUGCUCCCAUCUGCGGGGGUAGGGGGGCCGCUGCUGUCGCUUCCCCUGCCUGCUUCUCCGCCGGCUUCCGCAUCUGCUCGGCAGGCCUCUGUGCGUCUGGCUGUCUCCUUCCACUUGCGUCUCUCUGCCCCCCUUUGUUCUCGCCACGAGCGCUCCCCUCAGCCUCCCCCUCCCCCUCCCCCAUGGUAUUUAAAUCGCCUCCAGGCUGGGAAGCCCUCCUCCCGCUGGCCUCCGGGGACUCGCUGUGUCCAUCCCCAGCGGAGGGGCCUCGGUGGGGGAGGGGCAAGAGGGGGAGGGUCUCCUUUGUCUGAACGGCGGCUGCUUACGCCAGUGAAGGAGGGAGGAGGGGGAGCCCUGCCGGGCAAAACCCCUGAAGGCUACGUCCUGUGGCCCCACAAAGAGGAGCCCAGGGCUGGAGUUCGUGAAUUACCGGCAGGGCUGGCCCUGGGGUGGCUGGGAGGGUGUCACAGGGCAUAGUGGGGCCCGGGUAAGGAAAAAAAGUGUCUUGCUGAGGUGCAAAGGGGGUGCCCCACUCCAGAGUUGGGGUUCCUUGAGAGAAGGGGUCUGAACCACUAGCCUGGGGUCCCAGGACCAGAUAGUGAGCUUCGCCCCCACUUUCAGGGCCCAGGGUCUAGCGGCCAGGUAGAGAUGGGGGUGGGAGGACUUCUGUCUCCCUAGCAAGCACUCCCUCAGCGUCUGCUUCCGCGUCCCUGCCUGGUCUCUGCUGUAGCCUCACCCUCUUCCUUCCUCCCCCUCCCCACCCCACCCCACCAGCCGGCUCAGUUCGGGGAAGCUGCAGGAGUUCGGCGUGGGGGAUGGCAGCAAGCUGACUCUCGUGCCCACCGUGGAGGCGGGCCUCAUGUCUCAGGCCUCAAGGCCAGAACAGUCUGUGAUGCAGGCUCUGGAGAGCUUAACAGAGACCCAGCCCCCAGCGGCGCCCGGGCCGGGCCGGGCUGGCGGAGGCGGCUUCCGGAAAUACCGAUUCAUUUUAUUUAAGCAUCCGUGGCACCGACAGGGACCCCAGAGCCCAGAGAGGGGCGGCGAGAGGCCCCAGGUCAGUGACUUCUUGUCAGGCCGCUCACCGCUGACCUUGGCUCUUCGAGUGGGUGACCACAUGAUGUUCGUCCAGCUUCAACUUGCGGCCCAGCACGCCCCACUACAACACCGCCAUGUGCUGGCAGCUGCAACGGCUGCCACCCGUGGGGACCCCAGCAUGACCACUCCUGUGUCCUCUCCCUGCCGACCAGUGUCCAGUACUGUCCGUGUCCCCCCAGUGCCCACCAGCCCUGCACCUGCAUCCCCCUCACCUGUAACAGCCGGCUCCUUCCGUUCCCACUCAGCCCCCACCACCUGCCCCGAGCAGAUGGACUGUUCCCCUGCUGCCAGUGCCCGGGCCAGCCCCACAUCCACCCCUGGGGGCAGCCCCACCUCCCGUUCCCGAAAACCUGGUGCCAUUAUCGAGAGCUUCGUGAACCACGCCCCAGGGGUCUUCUCAGGGACCUUCUCUGGCACGCUACACCCCAAUUGCCAGGACAGCAGUGGGCGGCCACGGCGGGACAUCGGCACCAUCCUGCAGAUCCUCAACGACCUCCUGAGUGCCACGCGGCACUACCAGGGCAUGCCCCCAUCACUGACCCAACUGCGUUGCCACGCCCAGUGUGCACCUGCCUCUCCCGCCUCAGACCUCACCCCAAAAACUACCUCCUGCGAGAAGCUGGUGGCCUCGGCCCCGGCCGCCCUGAGCCAGGCCCGCCUGGGCAAGCCCACGGGGGACCGGCUGCGGCAGACGGAGAACCGAGCCACCCGCUGCAAGGUGGAGCGCCUGCAGCUGCUGCUCCAGCAGAAACGGCUCCGCAGAAAGGCCCGGAGGGAUGCCCGAGGCCCCUACCACUGGCCACCCAGCCGCAAGGCUGGCCGCAGCGACAGCAGCCCCGGAGGCAGUGGUGGCAGCCCCAGUGAGGCUGCGGGCUUGGGCCUUGACUUCGAGGAAUCUGUCUGGAAGCCAGAAGUUAACCCCGACAUCAAGUCAGAGUUCGUGGUGGCCUAGAAACCUUGUCCCUCACCCCUGCCCAGGGUGGCUGAGAGCAUCGCCCAGCUCAGGAGGGCAGGCAGUGGGCACUGCAGGAGGCCCCUCCCUCUUCAGCCAGUGUCCUGGUUUUUUAAAAUUUUCAUUUCUUACCAUGGUUUUCCAAACCCUCCGUGGCCUUGGGUUCCUGCCUCCUCGGUUCAGCCUCACAUCUCCCCACCUCUUCCUCUGUACCCCCACCCUCCCUCAGCCACGCAGGGUCCUUCCCUGCCCACCUUCCCAAGCUCCAAAUAUGUAGCAGUCUGUCCAGAUGGUUCAGAGCAGAAAUGAGGAAGAAGCCCGCCCCUUCCGCCGGCUCUGAUGCUCCCCCCCCCCCCCACCCUCUUCAGGUUUAAGUCUAAAAUGUAGAUGCCUCAUUUGCACUUUACAGACAGGAGGGGGCCACAGAGAAGAGAACCCCCACUGCCAAUUCUGGCCUCCGCCUACCCAGCAGGGCCCCGCGGGGCUCCAAACACCUCACAGGACCCACAGCUGCACCAACCAGGGGCUGUCUCUUCCACGUCUGUACUACUUUCUCUUCUUAGUUUCUUUUUCCUGGAAAAGAAAAGCUGUUUCAGGGGAGGCUGGCCAGAACCUGCCUUGGAGUGCGGGUCUGGGUGUAGUCAGUACCCUUUCCUGGCAGAGAAGGGACGGAGGGGAACAGACUUGCUGCCUGCCUUUGCUGGCCACGCACUGUGCGACGCCCUUCCGACGCCACUCGCCAGCCCCUCAUCUUUUGUUUCCUGAGCUCUGGGUAUUUAUACGCUGUUAAUUUUCCGACUGAGCCAAUAGUAGUUGGGAAUCUCUUGAAAAAUCAGGAGAGAAAUUGCUGUGGGGUCGGGGAGAUGCCCCCAGCCCUACUUCUCAGCCCAACCUGAGUGACCUGGGCCUGUGGACUGUGUCUGGGGGUGACUCUCCUGCCACCUGGAGGGGAGGGGGUGCUGAGCUGUGAAUCUCAUGGUUAGGGGCUACACUGUAGCAUUAACCCCUUGGGAGGGUUGCUGCUGGUCUAAUUUGGAACCUCCCCACUCAUGCCCAUGCCCCAGGGGUCUUCGGCCCCCGAGCAGAGGGACAGGAACCUCCCCUUAAUUGGGGCCAUUUCAAUGUGGGUGGAGUUUAUUUUUCAUUCAUUUUUUUUUUACUGAUAAAUGGAGAUGUCUGGGCCUUCCCCCCACACACACCUGUCUGUCCUGCAGGAUACCCCACCCCUGCCUGUCUCCCUCCUUUUGUCCUACUUGUAGAUGAGCUCCCCCAGGUCCUCACUCCUUCCCCAUAUGUGUUUCAAGUUAAUGGUUUCAGAUGUGAACAUCAUGUGUUAACUGUAGCUCUGUAAAUUUUUUUUUGUGGGGGGGGUGGGCGGGGAGGAGGGGUCAGAAAGUUAGGGGUCAGAGAUUUGUUUUGUUUUUCUAAAAGGAGAGAAGAGGGGCAGAUUUGUUUUUGAAAAACUGUCUUGGAUACCUAUUUAAA